AAAACUCUUUCUCGCGGUUUCGUUUACUCAUUCCCGGUUUCGUUAAGUCAUCAGUUUCGGUUUCGCUAUUAAAGGAUACAGUGUCAGUCGUGUGCCCAAUCUGACGAUUUAUCCUCGCUAUGCUAUUCUACUAAUCCUAGUGCUCAUUGACAGUGAAAAACGAUCAAUUUCUACAGAAAUCAACUAUUAUGAUAACUUAAAGUUUGCAUUGUGAGACAAAAUCAUCGCGCUGGCUUUUCGUCUUUUUAUAACAGCUGACUACUUGUCCAAUUAUAUGCAAGUCACGGUCAAGUGAAAUAAAGACAUACAGUCACAUGCUUAAAACACGUAAUGGCGAAGGGAAUUUUUUUGAGCACAUGAAUAAUAUUUAUGUCCAUAUGUGGUAAAAACCUUCAACAGUGCAAAUAGUAGAGACGACAAUUCAAAUGAUCCUAUUACGUAAUAUAUGACCUAAUGACACGUGAUUCAGGUUACGGAGGAGAAAAAUUGCACAGUCAGCUUCCAGACAUGAUACACAGGAUAUGUCUCAAGAAAACAUUGCAUGUUCUUAUUGUCGUCUAUUAAUGCAACGGCACGAUUUCUAGUUCUCAUGAAUUUCCCAAUCAAUAUCGAUAUCGUUCGAAAGAGAAUUUAAGUGUAUAUUUCUAGUAAAGAAAUUUACCAUCGCCUGUAUCGCGCUUCGGCUUCCGACCAACAAAUAUACUAAAGUCGAUGGAAAAUUUAUCAUGCGUGGGACAGCUGAUUUCCGUGUGAAAUGUUCCAGAGCAUACCAAGCCUGCAAGAUAUGGGAGUUAGCUACUCCGCGUUUGCCUCCACUGCCCUACCUGGCAGUAUCUGCCCCUUCUGUAUUUUUUAUAAUGACGUCAUUCCAUCCUGGACGAUGGAAAAUUGAUAAAACUGUUGUUGUUUUAAAAAAAAACAGAUGACUACGUAAAAUUUUAAAUUUGUACAUUUUCUUGACAUAUUAUUGUCCCAUAAAAAUAAAGCAAUGAACAGUGAGUUGGACGUAUUUCUUAUUCCACAUACAAGAAUGAAACAGCUGGUCAAAGAAACGUCUAAUCAGGUGUUUGGCACAGAUUUUUCAGAUGAUUUUGCAGUUAAAGGACUCUUGCACUCGUUAAAUCACACAUUUCAUGAGAUCGAACAUCAUGAAGAGAUUGAAAACCAAUAUAUAUUAAAAGAACUUAAGAAUCGUGUGACAAAAUCUGAUCUUUUGGACAUUUUGUGUAAUAUUCACCAUGAUACACAUAUUAAGGACAUUUUAAUGCUUGUUAAAAAAGCAGUUGCACUUCAUGGAGACUCUCUGCAACGAUCCAUGUUUAAAGUUGAGCUGCAGAAUGCUAUCAAGGAAUUCAUUGAUGAUUUCUUACCUCAUAUGAAAGAAGAAGAGGAGAUAUUCCAACCCUUGUUAUCCACAUAUUUGACAAGGAGUGAACUACAGGACUUAAGACAACAAAUACUACAAUUGCAUACUUUAUCUUCUAAUGGGGAGAAGCAAUCUGCAAUUAUCUUGCCUAUCAAUACUGGUGAAAUGGACACAUCAAACUGUCAAUUUUCAAAACUUCCCAGUGAAUUAUUGCUGCAAAUAUUUUCGUAUCUAUCACCAAGAGACCUCUGCCGAUGUGCACAAGUUUGUAGGCAAUGGUCCAAGGUUUCAUGGGAUCCAUUGCUAUGGCAACAACUUCACCCUGUGAGAUGGAUAUUUCAGAAUGAUUGGCGAAUGGGUAUGGAUGAGUAUGAACCUUGUACAUGUAAUGAUGGUGCUUGCGGAGAUAAAAAUCCAUGGGAUAGGGAGAGUUUAUUCAGUGGAGGAGACAGCGAUGAUUCUGGAGAGUCUUAUGAAGAAGAGAUUGAUCACAGAAAGUUGGAAAUUGUUACCAAUGAAGAAAACAACAUCAAAAGAUUGAUUCUGAUGGCACGUUAUCUUAUCCCUGCUGUGGGGGAUCAUGUAAAGGUCUUAAUCAUGGGAUGUUGUCCUGGUCUGACUAAUGGUUUGAUCUACAAAAUGCUGUCCCACUGCAAGAAUUUGGAACUUCUUGAUUUGUCCCAAAACAAUAUUUCAGACUUAGGUUUGAAUGGAUUGUUUCGGAAAAAUGGUGGCAAAUUAUUGCGACACCUGGAUUUAUCAGGCUGUGCCAAAAUAACCGAUAAAACCUUGAAAAAACUUUCUGCAGCUCUCACCCCCCGUGUUUCAAGUGACCGCGCUAGUUGCUGUGGGUCAGGUGAUGAACGAGGUGAUCUCAGCCAGGAUGAACUGAACUCGGUACCUCAUGGAUUGCGAUAUCUUUCGUUGUCUGGUUGCUACCAGGUGACAGACGAGGGAAUAAGACCUCUGGCAAAGAACGACAAUUUGAAAAGCCUCACACACUUGGACUUGUCUGGUUGUUUACGUUUAUCAGCCAUUGGCCUGCAGGACCUGGUGGUCAACUGUCCUUCUUUGCAUCACGAGUUGUUCUUUUAUUGUGACAAUAUUUCCGAGGGGCCAUAUCCAGACACUGCAAGUGGUUGUCAGAACUUAGAGUGCACCAGGAGAGUAUGUUGCAGGUCUGGGUUGCUGUUGGAAUGAAUAUCUAGUUUUUCGCAGUCGAUAUAGACUGAUUCUCUUUGUAGUAAACACGGUCAAGCAAACCUGUCAUGUGAUUUGUCAAGACGAAUGACAUUAAAUUCGGCGAUACUUAUAUUAUAUACAUGCCUAUAUUCAACAAAAUUUACCCGGGUGCACAAACUAGGAUUUUUGUCACCAACUUUUAUGGUUUAGUCCACUAACUGUUGUUCGUUUUAAACAAGUAUUCAAAUCAAAAUCAGAUGACUAAAAUCCCAGAGUGUGUGUCUGGUCAGAGACCGUUGUCCAGGGGCCAGUUGUUCAAAGCUGGCGCUAACCCUGGAUUAAAUUUUACUGUUUUAGUUUAUGUGCUUCUUAACCCAUGUUCCUUUUAAAACUUUAGAAAAUGUUACUCCUAU